CCGAUACGUAACGGAAAUCAGAGGGCCCGAAACCGAUACGGGCCGAUAUCGCGGUUCGGAAAAAAUUCACGGCCGUAACGGCCGUUACGGAGGCGUAACGGCACGUAACGGCCGAUACUCCAACGUUACAUGUCGUAACGUCCAUUACGGACCGUUACAUGGCCGACAGGUAGCAUAUUCGCUGACGGGCAGCAGGCAGCAACGCUGCUUUCCCCCUCUCCCUAGUCCCCACACCCAUCUGCCAUUCAAAGGCUAAAAAGGAAAGUUACAAACUGACCUUGAAAAUUUGUUGGCCUUCGGCAAUAAGAAGGCUUCGAGGCUACCGAGCAGAUCUACUCAGAAUUGCAGACUUGCAGUUCCAGGCUUCCAGUUCCAGCAACUUGGCGAGUCACCGGCGACGGAAAAAGGUCUGCAGCAGCUCCGCCAGUCAUCGCAGUCGGCACCUUCCUCCGCCAGUCGUCGCAGUCGCACCAGCCAGCCUCUCGAUUUCAGCUUCGGAGACUCGGAGCUUGGAGUCAUCGCUGGCUCGCUGCUUUUGCUUCGCUCCUUCGACUGUUCGAGGCUCCUCUGAGUUCCCUCGAAUCCCUCCUCUCUCUCGGUCUGACUCGACUACAGGCCUCAGCGUAUGAGACACUCUAACACCCACAGCACUUUUCAUUAUGUUUUUUUUGUUUUUUAAAUUAUAUUUUGUUGCACCACAGGCCACAGCCCUUUUCAUUCCUUUCAUUCUGUUUAUUUUUUAAAAUUAUAUUUUGUUGUAAAAUAGGUUUGUUAAAUUGAAUUAAAAAAAAAGUAAUUUAAUAGAGUAAAAAAUUAGAAAUCAUUAAUAAUUAUGUAAAAUAAAAUUUUCUUAAUUUAUAAAUAUUUUAAUUGUAUUAUAUUUUUUAAAAGAUAAUUAUGAAAAUUAAUUCCAUGACAUAGCAAGCAAUUAUUAAUAUUAUAUAAUUAAUAUUUUUUAAGGUUAGUAAAUAAUUAAUAUUUACCAAUAAUAAUUGAAGCCUUUUUUAUAAUAAUAUUUGAAUAUCAAUAAUCCACUACUGCAUUCACCAUCUAAACAAAGCAUUAAAAUAAUGUAUGUACACAAGACAUCCAUGUGAUGGCAUUUUAUAUUAUCUAGGCUUAAUUGAGCUCUAUUUUUCACCAUUCUUAAAGAAUUCCAAGGAAUACUCUGCACAAUUAUUAUAAUAUUUAGUCUUAGGAUUUGCCAAACUUAUAGAAAUAAAAUUAAUUCAUGGCACCAAUUGGCUAACAUACUAUUUAUGUCAGCUGGAUAAAGUGGUCAUUUUGAUAAAGAAGAUAUCAUAUUCACUCCCAUCUAUUGAAAAAAUAUUAAAUAAUAUUCAUAUUAUAAAAGAAAAAAAAAUUAAAUAACAUCUGUCACCCAUUUUAUGUUACAUGUGUAUCUACUUGCCAUUUCUUGAGUAGGUUGACCCUGUUUAUUAAUAUUUUUUAAGUUUUAAAACAUUAUUUUGACCUUAAAUUUAAAAUUAGGUAAAAUAAAUGUUUACAUCUAUUUUUGUUUUUAGUUAUCAAAUAAAGUAAAAAUUAAUAACUUAAUAAAAAAAAAUUAAUCUAAUAGUUAAUACAUUAAUAAAUUUGAUUUUUACUAAUUACUACUAGAAUUUGUAGAAAAUUUUAAUUUUAAUCCAUAUACUGAGAAAAUGUUUAAAAAAUUAAAUAGUCAAUUUGUAAUGUAUGGAUCUCUAUUUGUGAUGCUAUGAUGUAUAUGAAAAUAGAGUAAAAAUCUUUUUCACCUGUUAAUUUCUUAUAGUUAUAAAUGAAAAUAAAAUCAAGCUAUAAAAAAUAAUGAAAAUAUCUUUUUAAAGAUAAAGGAAUAUAUUUUUUUUGUAAUAAAAUAUCUAAUAUUUUAUAAUUUUGUUUAUUUAAAUAUAAAAAUAAUAAACAUUACUUAUUAUUUUUAAUCAAAUAUUAUACUUAUUUUUACGUAAUAAGUAUUUAAAAUUAGGACUAUUUAGUACUUAUUAUUUAAUAUUUACUAAAUUACUAAUUAUAUUAUUCCUGUCAUUGUAGGAAGGUUGUAAGUUGUAACUUUGUAUUUUCUUUAUAUUUUGUGUAGAGAUCAUCAAAUUAAGUCUAUCAAUAUGUCACGUGAUAGAGGAAAUGAAAACUUACCUAGUGAAGAUAUUGGAUGGCAUUUUGGUACUGCGGUAGACGGUAAUAGACAUGUUAUUAUGUGUAAAUUAUGUGGGAAGAUAAUCAAAGGGGGCAUUACACGCUUGAAACAACACUUGGCACAUAAAAAGGGUCAAGUAGCUGGAUGCUCAAAUGUGACCACACAAGUAAGAGAACAAAUGAUGAAACAUCUACAACAGUAUGCUGAGAAGAAAAGAGAUAAACAAAAAAGGCAAGAAGAAGCAGAAGCCCAAAUUAGAGGAGAUUUUGAGAAUUUGAGCGAUGAAGAAGACUUGGAAGAAGAAAGUAUGAGAUUUGCUCGACAAGAAAGCAUGCGAUCACAACAACAAUGGGAAGAUAGACAAAGAUUUCGAGCAAGAACAACUGGAAGGGGUAAUAUUUAUGAAGAGGGAGGUGGCUCUGGCAGUGGUGCUACCAGUGGUUUCAAUAGAGCAGGAGCUCGAUCUUAUAGUGGUCGAGAAGCUGGAGGUAGUGGACGACAAUGGAUCAAUCCUGAUGCCCCUGAAGCUAGACUAAAGGCAAUGGAUCCUAUUUUAGAAAGAAGCAAGAGUGCGAAACAACCAAAACUCAACACAAAGUUACUGAAAGGUUUAAGAAGUAAAUUAGGAAAAGCGGUUGGAAAAUUCCUAAUUUAUAAUCGGAUUCCAGCGAAUGUAGCUGACUCUCCAUUUAUGCAGCCUAUGCUUGAUAUUGCUGCAGAGGUUGGAAAGGGGGUGAAGGGUCCAUCACCCUAUGAGAUAUCUGAAAUUUAUUUGGAGCAAGAGUAUCAAGAAAUGAAAAAUUAUAUAGCUUCUUUUGCUGGAAUUUGGAAGGAAAGAGGUGUAACACUUAUGUGUGAUGGUUGGUCAGGACCAACUAGAAAACACAUUAUAAACUUUUUAGUUUAUUGUGAUAGAGGCACCGUGUUUCAUAAAUCAGUUGAUGCCUCUGAUGUGCCAAGCAGAACAGCUGAAUAUUAUUUCAGAUUAAUGGAUGAGGUGGUUGAAGAAAUUGGAGAGGAGAAUGUUGUCCAAGUAGUGACUGAUAAUGAAGCUGCAAUGAAGGCAGGAGGAAAAUUAUUAAUGCAGAAGAGGCCCAAUCUCUAUUGGACAGCAUGUGCAGCUCAUUGCAUAGACCUUAUUCUUGAAGAUAUUGGUAAGAAAAGUAACGUGAAGAAGGUCUUAGAAGAUGCAAGAACAAUAACCUCAUUUAUUUACAACCACACAUGGACAGUGAAUUUCAUGAAGAAAUUCACAAAUAAUAGAGAGUUACUUCGCCCUGCCAUCACUCGAUUUGCCACAAAUUUCAUUGCUUUGGAGACUAUUGUCAGGCAUAAACAAGCACUAAGGGAAAUGUUUACAUCUGAUGCUUGGAAAAACUCAAGGUUUGGAAUGGCAAAAUCAGGCCCAGCAUAUGAUUCAAAGAAAAUUAUCUUAGGCAAAGAGUUUUGGCAAAAGGCCUCUGAUAUAAUUAAAGUGCAAGAACCCUUGGUGAAAGUUCUUAAAUUGGUUGAUGGUGAUGAAAAACCAACCAUGGGCUUCAUAUACGAGGCAAUUGAUAGGGCGAAGUUGGCCAUUCAAAAAGAUUGCCGGUUUUACAAAGACUAUUGGAAAAUUAUUGACAACCGGUGGAGUUUUCAGUUGCACCAAGAUUUGCACGCUGCUGGGUAUUUUUUGAACCCACAAUUUCUUUAUGGUGCCCCACCCUCUCCUGAAGUUGCUAGAGAAGUCAUGGAUGGAGUUAAAAAAGUGAUAACCAAGUUGGUACCCGAUAUAGAUACUCAAAUUCGGGCUAUUAAUCAAUUGUUGCUAUAUCGAGAUAGGCAGGAGACUUUUGGAACCCCGUUGGCUCAAAGGGCAGUGAAACAAACAAAUCCUGCUGAAUGGUGGAUUCAUUAUGGCUUGUGUGCUCCUGAGCUCCAAAGAAUAGCAAUUAGAGUUCUUAGCCAGACCACAUCAGCUUCGAACUGUGAGCGUAAUUGGAGCACCUUUAGCCUCAUCCAUACGAAAACAAGAAAUAGAUUAAAGUAUAUGAGACUACAAAAACUUGUUUUCGUACAUUACAACAUGAGGUUAAAGUUAAGACGUACAAUGAGAAGAAGCCAACGAGAAAUUGAAGAGGGUUUCAAUCCUAUCAAUUUGGACUACAUUUUCGAAGAAGAUGAUCCUUUAAGUCAAUGGUUAGAGGAGAGAGAGACACCACUACUCGAUGGUCAGGACAAUUCAAAUUGGUUAAAUGAAGAGGUUGGUGGUACUACAGAAGGAGGUGAUCAACCACCAAUAAACGCGCAUGAUGAUUCAGGUUCAAGCCCUGAACGUACACAAAGUGAUGACAAUCUUGGUUUGAGCCCACCAAGUGAUGAUGAUGGUAAUAGUGGUGCUGGAGCUGGGGUUGGGGGGGGUGGCAGUGGUGGUGGUGGAGGCGGCGGUGUAGAAUAUAAUCAUGGAUAUGAUACAGGGACAUCAUUUGGAAGGGAUAUAUAUCCUUCUGAUCCUUAUGGACUACAUGACAUACCUGAAAAUUAUGACUUGGGUAUUCCUCCAGGGAACCAAUCUUCACAACCCAGGAGAAGGAGGAGUGCUCGUGGUGACCCUAGCGAUUCUACUGAAGAUUCAUAUGGUGUGGUUCGUAGUUUUGGCGACUUUGGUUUAGAUGGUUCAUCAUCACAAUCAUUUGGAUCUCAUCCAGCAUAUCCACAUUAUGCAUCUCGUGACUCACAUUUUUAUCCCAGUGGAUUAGGAAUCUCAGGAUCUAGUGAGUCUUCUUCUACACACUACCCAGAGCCAGCCCCUGCCCCAACUUAUAGACAUUAUUCAGGAGAAUUUUCAUCACCAGUACAUUUUCAAGAGCAACAACAAAAUGAUGCAAACUUGGGUUCAUUCAACUAUGUAUUUCCACAAGGAUGGGGAGAUAAUUUCCCAUCCCAAUCUCAAGAUACAGAUGCAAAUUAUGAAGACCCUCCACGUCAUUCUUUUUGGUGGUGACAUGUGUUAUAUUAUAAAUUUGUAAUAUUGUAUUCAUGUAUUUUCAAUUAUUUAUUGAUAUUUGAUAUUAAUCACUUUUUAAAUU